AUGGAUCGUGAAGCUACUCAGGAUAUUCUCAACAAAUACCUAGAGACGCAGUCUUCUGCGGAAGAAUGCAAACCCUAUAUCGAAGAAGGCUAUGAGUCGGACCCAUUGAUGGAUCUUUCCAAUUACUCAAUGGCCGGUAAAAAGGCUCCUCAGUCCAGGUUCACAUCACCCGCUAAAUCCUACGAUAGUCCAACAAAGCAAUUACAACGUCUCAGAGGAAGUCCCUCAAAGCAGCCCUCGGGACGAUUUCAGGAUAAAAGUCGAAGCACAGUGCAACAAGACUUUGAUCUUUCGUUCCUCGAUGAUCUCGAGAGCAUUUCAAAUGAUCAAUUUCACGCCAAUAAACAUGAAGCAUAUACUUUUCUUCCUGAUACCAAGUACUCACUGUUCAUAUCCAAUUCUGCAAUGAAGCUUCGGAAAGCACUACAAGCUGAACAAGAGAAGAACAAAAUCCUCGAACAAACAAAUCGGGAACUUGAAAUUCAAUUGUCAGAGGCUCAUGAAAUGCGUACAAGUCAUGAUAGACUCAUUCUGCAAGUACGCGGGCUCCAAGAUCGUAAUGAAGAACUUGAAAUGGAACUUCGAGGGAAGGAUCUGAAACUACGGGAUUCGUCUCUCUCGCAGGAAAAUGUCUUGCUACGACUGAAGCUCGUGAAGUACAAAACCUUGUAUGAGAGCUGUCUCAAGGAGCAUGCUGAUGAUAAGCGUCAUCUAAAGGCUGAAGGUGUGCCGGCACAAGCCAAGGUUGACAAGGUCUUCAAAGAAGGUCUUGCAGUUAAGGGUGACGAAAAAAUAAACCUGAAAGAGUUGAAGGUUUUACUAGAAGGGUUAUCAUCUUUCACACGAAAAUUAGAGGAAGCAAAUACAAAGCAUGCCGCAGCGUCUCAAGCUCAGGCCAGCCAUCGUGACGAGAAUGACGAUGAAUUUGAGUCCAAUAAAGGAAAGAUCAAUGAGCAAGGUACAAGCGAAGAUAAAGAUUAUAUUCGUCAUACACCCAAUUCAUCAUCCACUCCACAUGUUGAGAAUGAAGGUAAUGACGCUACGAGGAACUUGAUGGGUAAAUAUAAUUGGAACAAGACACUUUAG